UGUAACACACAAAUGACAAAUCCACCGCGCCGUCACAACUAGUGUUGGGAAUGCAAAUAGUGCUAUGGCUCUCUGUUUUGUUUCCUAUCCAACAAAUGCACUGACACAGUGAACAGAAAGCAGCUUAUUUAUAUUUGAAAGGGCAUAUAUGGGAUCGAAAUAAUGUUAAAAAUGAGUGACGUUUCAAUAUUAUCUGCCGUGCUAUUUUUCGCAUUAUUUUAAUAGGCUGCACUUCUCUUUUCGAUCAACUUGGUCUUUUUGGUUUUAUUUAUAUCACCACCCAAAACACAACAUCAUUGGAUCACAAAACAUAUUUUAAUCUCCGACCUCUGUGUUUGUUAAUCAUUAUUAAGGAAGAAAGGUGAAAACAAACAGGUUCUUUGACUUGUCCAAUAAAGUUUCAGAGAUAAUUUGAAUUGUGUGAAGGCAUUUGAUCAUCUUUACAAUGGUUCGUUUGAAAGAGAGAUUUGGUUUAUUCCUCAAUAACAGAUGGCUUGUCUUCGUAGCUGCAAUGUGGAUUCAGAGUUUUGCUGGCAUUGGUUAUUUAUUCGGCAGCAUUUCUCCUAUUAUUAAGAGUUCUUUGAAUUAUAAUCAGAGGCAAGUUGCCAGAUUGGGUGUUGCUAAGGAUUUGGGGGAUAGUGUUGGAUUUCUGGCUGGCACUUUGUCUGAAAUCUUGCCGUUAUGGGCUGCUGUUCUUGUUGGUGCUAUUCAGAACUUUAUUGGUUAUGGCUGGGUUUGGCUCAUCGUUACCGGUCGAUCUCCUACUCUUCCUUUAUGGGUUAUGUGCGUUCUGAUAUUUAUAGGAACAAAUGGAGAAACCUACUAUAAUACAGCUGCACUUGUCUCAGGUGUGCAAAAUUUCCCUAAAAGCCGCGGCCCUGUGGUGGGAAUACUUAAGGGAUUUGCCGGGUUGGGUGGUGCAAUUAUGACUCAGAUAUAUGCGCUAAUCCAUUCCCCAGAUCAUGCCUCGCUUAUAUUUAUGAUUGCUGUGGGACCUGCGAUGGUUGGUAUUGCUCUCAUGUUCAUAAUCAGGCCUGUUGGUGGCCACAGACAAGUCAGACCUUCCGAUGGAUUCAGUUUUUCAUUAAUUUACAGCAUUUGCCUCAUUUUGGCUUCUUACCUGAUGGGCGUCAUGCUUGUUCAAGACCUCAUUGAUGUUAGCCACACCGUCACUACAAUCUUCACAGGGAUUUUGUUCGUUCUAUUGAUUAUUCCUGUGGUGAUUCCCAUCUCAUUGACUUUCUCUCAAGAAACUAGAGUACCAUCAGAAGAGGCUCUUUUAUCGGAGUCACAAAAACAAGAUCCUGGAUUAUCUGGACAUGAUCAGGAAAUUAUAUUUAGUGAGGUUGAAGAUGAGAAGCCUAAGGAAGUAGACUCGCUUCCAGCUUUAGAAAGGCAAAAAAGAAUUGCCCAACUGCAAACAAAACUAGCCCAAGCGGCUGCUGAAGGAGCAGUGAGGGUCAAAAGAAGACGGUCCCCCCAUAGAGGGGAGGACUUCACCCUAAUGCAGGCUUUGAUAAAGGCAGACUUUUGGCUUAUAUUUUUCUCACUUCUUUUGGGUUCUGGAUCUGGUUUAACUGUGAUUGAUAACUUGGGUCAGAUGAGCCAAUCAUUAGGAUAUGAUAACACACAUGUAUUUGUUUCCAUGAUCAGCAUUUGGAACUUCCUCGGUCGUGUUGGGGGUGGAUACUUUUCUGAAAUAAUUGUGAAGGAUUAUGCCUACCCAAGACAUGCAUCCAUGGCUAUUGCCCAAGUUGUAAUGGCUUUUGGUCACUUCUUCUUUGCCAUGGGUUGGCCAGGUGCUAUGUACAUUGGUACUCUUCUGGUAGGGCUCGGUUAUGGGGCUCAUUGGGCGAUUGUGCCAGCUGCUGCAUCCGAAUUGUUUGGCUUAAAGAAUUUUGGGGCUUUGUACAAUUUCCUCACUAUUGCAAACCCAGCUGGUUCAUUAGUGUUCUCAGGUGUCAUUGCUAGUAGUAUAUACGACAGUGAAGCUGAAAAGCAGGCUCAUGAACGUCAUCCUGGCCAAUGGAAUGGGGCAUCUUUUUUGUCAAGUUUUCUAGCUGUGGAUGAACCUUUGAAGUGUGAAGGUGCCAUAUGCUUCUUCUGGACUUCCUUAAUACUUUGUGGUCUCUGCAUUGUUGCUUCUAUUCUAAGCAUGAUUCUGGUGUACCGAACAAAGACUGUAUACACUAGUCUUUAUGGAAAAUCUCGUACAUAAUUCAUCCUUCAAGUGAAAGCAUGGAUAGAAAUUUGAGUAAUUUGCGCAGAUACUCUCAACUAGCUUAUGGAUCCAAGAGCAUUUCAUUAAGAUGGUGAAACUGCCUUUCUUUUUUGCUGUUAGAAGCUGUUCCUAUUAAUAUGAGAUAAAUGUUUGUAUUGAAAAUGUUGAUUUGGUGUAUAUUUGCAUGGUCAUUCAAACUUGAAUUAUGCUACAUUUUGGUUGUAAAACAUUUCAUUUAUUGAUUGAGCUCUUUCAUUCUGUUUUCUUUUCA